AUGGCUUUCUCAAUGCAUAUGUUGUUGAAUGGACGAGAUCCCGGCAUUUUUAUUGGUGGUGUCCUCUGGUUAUUGCUUAGUUGUAGUUUCAGCUUUGGUGUUGAGAGUGAUAUCAACUGCUUAAAAAGUAUAAAGGCAUCACUUCAGGACACUUUAGGUUACUUAAACUCUUCCUGGGAUUUCAACAACAACACUGAAGGUUUCAUCUGUAACUUUCUGGGAAUCGAGUGUUGGCACCCUCAUGAGAGCAAAGUGUUAAACAUCAAGCUUUCGGAUUUGGGACUGAAGGGCUUGUUUCCUCAAGGCGUAGCAAAUUGCACAAGCCUAACAGGGUUAGAUCUUUCAAGCAACCAGCUCAAUGGACCUCUUCCUACUAAUAUCGAUCAUAUCAUUACGUUCAUUACGUCCCUUGAUCUCUCAUCUAACAGCUUCACAGGGCAAAUCCCAAUGAAGCUUUCCAAUUGCAGCUAUCUGAAUGUGCUUAAGCUUGACAACAACAAGUUCUCGGGUAACAUUCCUCUAGAACUUGGCCAGCUUGGUAGGAUUAAAACAUUUACUGUGGCCAACAAUCAGCUGUCUGGCCAAGUCCCAAUCUUUAAUAAGGAUGCAUCAAUUACAGUGGACUCUUAUGCAAACAAUCCUGGACUCUGUGGGAAGCCUCUGGAGUUGUGCCGGUCAGCUGCAAAGAAGUCUAACAGUGUAGUUAUUGUGGGAGCUGGUGUUGGUGGUGCAACUUUUGCAGCAUUAAUUGUUGUUAUUGGCUUGUUCUUCUUUAUGCGUAGAGUGUCUGCAAGGAAGAAGGAAGAGGACCCGGAAGGGAACAAAUGGGCAAAGAGUUUCAAGAAAACUAAAGGCAUCAAGGCAAGCUAA